AUGAAUAAUUCCACAAGGGCCAGUAAUGAGUUCCAUGGAACAAUUCCAUUAGACAUUGAGAAAAAGAUACCAUUUGUAACAAGCCUCGAUAUAUCCAACAAUUUUUCUGGUGAAAUCCCAUCAAGUAUUGCAAAUUGCCGUUUUCUGAAUGUUCUCAAACUCGACCAUAACCGAUUAAAUGGUCGUAUCCCACAACAACUUGGCCAGCUCGAACGGAUCAAGACCUUCAGUGUUGCGAACAAUCUAUUAUCUGGGCAAGUGCCAAACUCUGUGAACGGCAAUAUCCCAGCUGAAAGCUACGCUAAUAACAUCAGACUCUUGAUGGUCACACUAGCUUGCGUGCCUUGGGUGCCUGUUGGGGAGAAUAAGAAAAAGAGGACCACCGCAGCAGCCAUUAUUUCAAUGAGCUAUGUCGUGGAUGAGAGCGACGAGGAAAUUGAGGAUAAGGAAGGUCCACAAGCAGAGCCUAAAGAGGAAGAAGAGGAGAUGAAACCCAAUGCUGCCAUCCGGGAUGCCAAUGCUGCUCUUGAGGUUGUUGCUUUCAUUAGCUUAUUUGCACAGCUGCUUGCAUGA